AUGGAGGUCCACACAGCCGCCAACUCCAUUCCGAGUGCUGUCAUCACAGUCACGUGUGUCUACAUCAACUACUAUAGUCAGCGUUCAGCUUUCGAAGAUGGAGUCAUGUUCACCUUCCUGGGGAAGUUCGGGGACGUCGCAGAGAUGGCGGAGAUCCGGUUGGAUCGGGAUCGAGCGCUGCCAACUUUGAACGGUGCUGCUCACCCGGAAUUAUUACUGGAGCGUUUCGUGUUGGGUCUGUCGGACGCUCUACGGGAGAAAGGGAAAAUGGUCAACGUGGCGCAUUCCAUGGAUGUAUUGACGUUGGCUGAAGCUGAGACAGUUAACCAAUCAUAG